AUGGUUAAAGAGAAUUAUUACAGUUUUGGUAAAACUAAAUAUCUUAACAAUUUGAACUCUGGUAAAGCUAAAAAGAACUCAAGGGGAGAAAUUAUUAAAGAAGCAUCUUUUCAAUCUACGAAAAAGUCUAUUGGAAGAAUUGAACCAAGUAGACAUUGGUUUAAUCCUACUAAAGUUAUUGAUCAUAAUGAAUUAGAUAAAUAUAGAAAUUCAGUUAGAAUUAACUCUCCUUAUGAAGUGUUAUUAAAGAGUGGUAAUGUACCCGGAUCACUGGUUAAUAAUGUAGUUAAAAAGAAGAAACAUGACUUUAUAUUUGAUACUGAUUUUAACAGUAAGAGAAUAAAAAUAGCUUAUAAUUCAUUAGAAGAUAUAAAAAAGUAUAAUUCUGAAAAAAUAGAAAAAAUAGAUUCAGUAACUCAAAAUACCAAUUUUAUUAUGACAAGAAGCAGUAGUAAAGCUACAUGGACUGAACUCUAUAAGGUAUUAGAUUCUUCAGAUGUGGUAGUUCAUGUAUUAGAUGCUAGAAAUCCUAAAAUUUGCUCUCAUAUUGAAAAUUACUUAGAAAAACACAAUCAUAAGUAUUUGAUAUACGUUUUAAAUAAAGUUGAUCUUGUUCCUAAAGAAGUAACUACACAAUGGAUUAAUAAGUUAAAUCAAAAACAUCCUGUAGUAGCUUAUCAUGCUCUUAGUAGAGAUAAUUAUAAAAGUAACAAAUUGAAUUUUGGUAAAGAAAAUCUCACUAGAAUUUUAAGACAAUUAAAAAGACUUUAUUUAACUAACAAUAAAAACAAACAUUGUAUAUCAGUUGGAUUUGUUGGGUAUCCAAAUACCGGUAAAUCAUCAAUUAUAAAUUCACUGAGGGGUAAAGAUGUUUGUAAAGUUGCUCCCAUUCCCGGUGAGACAAGAGUAUGGCAAUACAUUACUUUAUUUAAAGAUUUGUAUUUAAUUGAUUCACCAGGUGUUAUUCCAAUCACUAAUAGUGGUAAAUUUACAGUUGAUGAUCUUUUAAAUGGUGGUCUUAGAAUUGAGAGUAUGAAUAACUGUGAAAUGUAUGUUUGGGAUGUAGUUGAGAGAGUUGGUAAGGAAAAAAUUAUAAAGUUUUAUGAUUUAAAGAUUGAGUUUGAUAGUUUAAAGGGUCUUCUUAGGUCUGUUGGUAAGAGAAUGGGAUUUAUAAGAAAAGGAGGUAUUAUUGAUGAAGAUUUAGUUGCAAAGAGAAUUCUUACUGAUUUUGUUAGAGGGAAAUUGCCUUAUUAUGUUAAAGUUUAA